AUGUCCCCCAAUGUGUUCAAAAUUCCCAACAGUGCUUUGACUCCCAUUGAUGCACCCAAGACUGCUGAAGCAGCUACAGACAUGUUCAGCAACUUGUAUAGCUUGGUGAAUUUUUCUCCCAACAGUUUGCCCCCCAAAUGGGCUGCUCCUGCUGCAGUCACUACACCUUCCACCAUAGACCCUGCUUUACUCUCCCUCAAUGCUUAUCCCCCUCCUGACAUCCCAGCCAAUGACAUUCCUGUCACUGAAAUGACUGGGCAUGACACAGAUGUCAACUUCCACUCAAUUCUGACUUUCCACAACACCCUAAAAGUCAUUGUCCAUGUGCUGGACUGUUUCAUCGCCAAACAAGUUGUGUCUGAGAAGACUGCACAAUAUUCCCCCAAUGUCCCUGUGUCAGUGCACCUACUACUUACCACUUUGCUCCACAGCAGGGGGGAAAAGAGUUGGCUUCAAUCUGUCACCCAAUCUUCAGAUUCCUUGCUAGGAUGGUUGAUGGCUUGCAAAGGACAAGAUGGUGAUGGGUCAGAACAGACAUCUGCAAUGCACUCAAAAUUCUCUGGUUGGAAGGCCACUAGAGAUGUGUCAGAUGCUAGAAUGGCCCCUCAGAUGAUCAAGCACAACAGUAUGAAGAUGGAUGCAGCCUGCAGAACUGUCUUGACACAUUUGAGCCUGAGAUCACAAUCAAUAGUGUGGGCCAGUCUGAUCCUUGUCAUGAAGGGUUGUGCCAAGAUAAAUUCCAUGUUUCCUAUGUCUGGAAUGACACAGGAAAACAUGUAG